AAGAUAUUUUUUAAUUGUCGUAGAAAGAAGAAAGAGUGUUAUGUUAUCUUUCUAUCCCUGUCCCUCUUCUCAUCUUCUCUUCUCACCCCAUUUGCCUUACAGUAUCCAAAAUCAAAUCUUUGUUUGAAGCAUGUCUUCCUCCACCUUCCUCUGCCCCGUAGCAUUUAGCCUCUCACAGAAGCCACUUCAAUCCACCUUUCUUCAGUCCUCCCCAAACCCUUCUCUUCUAACUCUAAGCAUUCUUCCAAAGAAAUUGAGAAAAGCCCACCAACUUAGAAGCCUCAUAGUGGCCAAAUCCAAUGGAAGUGACUCUGCUGAUGUUCCUGACCGUUUGAUUUCAGCACUUUGCUAUUUUUACCCUUUCUUUGAUGGCAUACAGUAUGGGAAGUAUGUAAUCACUCAGUUCUACCCUGUCCAAGCCAUUGUUCAGCCAUUGGUUCCUGCAAUCAGAGUUUUCAAAAGCUUCCCCUUUAACGGGUUCCUGGUCUUUUUGACCCUCUAUUUUGUUGUGGUGAGAAACCCCAAUUUCAGUAGAUAUGUGAGGUUCAACACUAUGCAAGCCAUUGUGCUUGAUGUGCUCUUGAUUUUCCCUGACCUCUUGGAAAGAGGGUUUAAUCCCAGAGAUGGUUUGGGGCUGGAUUUGUUGAUGAGUUUGGACAGCACUGUGUUUUUGUUCCUCUUGGUGUGCUUGAUUUAUGGUUCUUCUUCUUGCCUGCUGGGUCAAAUCCCUAGAUUACCCAUUGUUGCUGAGGCAGCUGAUAGGCAGGUUCUUUGAAUCACCAACCCAUUGAUCAUUUACUUGUAUUAGUUGUAUAGCAAAGCAACUUCAGCCUAGGUAGUGGAAAUUAAAGCUUGCAUUUUCACUUCCUUAAUAGCAGCAAUCCUAGAAAGUUUACUUAAUGCAAAAUGGAUUUAAGUUGUUUCUUACAUUGCUGGAUUCUGGUACGGUCUUUCCAAAUCAGGAUUGAUUUCUUGUAUGAGGAUGAAAAACUUCCCUUUAUCUAUUGUUAAUUUAAUUCAAUGUUGUAUUUCUCUGGAUUUACUGAAUGGUUAUGAUUUGAGUUGUCACGGUUUGGCGUAUAUUUCUGUGGAAAGGAAUAUUUUAGUUGAUAUUUGAUUGGCAAGUUUGACACACACACAUGUAUAUUUUUAAUUUCUUCUAUGUAUAAAAAUCCUACAAGCAGUUAUUUUCUCUUC